UGAACUGUUCCCCCAAAUCCAAAUUUGAAGUGUUGUUUCUACUUCCUAAACAUUCCCUCUCUUCCUUUCAUCCCUUCCUUUGUAGGCUCACUCUCUCUUCCCCUCCUUAUUUAAUCCUCCUCUCCCACCCUCUUCCUUUCCCCAACUUCCUCUGCCCUCCAUUCCCACCUCUCCCAUGGCGACUUCCCUUGAGCCCUCUCUUUUCACCUUCCCCACUGAGUUCCCCUACGAGUCUGACUCCUUUGCCUCCUUCUCUGACCUCAACUCCCCCUUGGAAUCGGCUGUUAGCUCCACCGACUCCACGGAUAGCAGCGGUAGCGACGACGAUGAUUUCUUUGACGGCUUGGCUCACCAGUUUGCAUGGACCUCCCUCUCUGAAACUGACAAAUCCGCAUCUCCCACCUCCAAAGCUAACAAUUUUGAGAAGUAUGUCAAAACUGGCUCUCCUCAGUCGACUUUGAGCGGGAUAGACACAUGGUUUCGCUCUGAAACUCCUUCUCAGGUGCAAUCGCCUCCCUUGGCGGUUUCUGGGGCUGUGAACGAUGCUAGAGCCCUUGUACAUGCUGCUUCCAUAGAGGCUACUAGGUUGAAGAUGAGCCGCGGAACAACUCUGUUUCACUCUAAUGUCCCUUUUGUUAAAGGAUUUGUGGGUGCUCGAUCUUCUGUUCCUGUUGAAUCUGUAAAUGAAAUGGAUUAUGGGAUGUUCUUGAAUCGUAACUGUGACCGGAAUUUGGCAUUUGCGGCGCAGGCGCAGCAAGUGAAGCGGGAUCUGGUGUUGCAAGCUCUUAGUGUCUCUUCUUGGGAAAGACAAGCUAAGGUCGGCUGGUCGGCUCAGCCACACUGGAAGCCAGAGUUUCGAAACAGAGGGGGAACUUUUGUUGAUGUAAGGGGCCGGUGCAGUGGGGGCAACAGCGAUUUCUACCAUUCCCCAUGGCUUCCUCCACCCCGACAUCAGCAGCCAACGCCCAACGCCUCCGCCGCCACGCGUUGCAUUCAUCCGGGCAGAUCUGGCGUCAAAAGGGCUUCCUCCGGAACCGGCGUUUUCUUGCCUCGCAAAUAUGUGAACCCUUCAGAAUCCUUUCAGAAAAAAGGAAGCCCAGCCGUUCGAUUUCCAGAGAUGAGAAGCCCCAUUCAAGCCCCACUAAACGGUUUCCUAUCGCCAGGCCUCAAUUCCAUUUCAUCCCGAAGAAACAAGCCAGUUCUGCCACUGCCAAGGAGUUUCCGGGGAGAGGUAGCCAUAAAUCAAGAGCAACUUCACCUACCUCAGGAAUGGACAUACUGAUGUUGGCGAAGCAGACAAAGAGUAAAGAAGAUGAAAUUGUUUUGUAGGGUUUAGGGAUAAAGAAAGAUUGAAAAGGAAGGAUUUUUGGUAGUAGGAGGAAGCAAUAAGUCUGUAAUUCUGUGGGUUAUAGUGUGAUUUUAGAUAAAAGUUUUGUUUUGUGGGAGGGGAAAACAUGUAUAACCCUUUACACACUACUCUGUGUUGUAUUAAAGUGGAAGGGAUUAAGGAAAUGGUUUAAUAAAUAAUAAGAAACAUAUGUUGGGUUUUGUGACAUUAA